CCCAGCCCCCCUUGGAGGAUCCCCGAGCUGAGCCACAUGCAUCCCUUGGCGGCCGGCCGGGCUUCCUGGAGUUAAUGUCCGUGCUGGGUCCGACGAGCCCAUCUCAAAGGGGCCUGUGUCGGAAGGAAAUCUAAGAUGAAGUUAUGGGAUGUUGUGGCUGUCUGCGUGGUGCUGCUCAGCACGGUCUCCACAUCCCCGCUGCCCGCCGGUAAGACGCCUCCCGAGAGGCCCCCUUCAGUGGUAGAGGGGCCUGAAGACGAUCACUCCCCCAUCAGCCUGCCGCCUCCCUAUGCUGUGCAAAGUGACUCUAACAUGCCAGAGGAUUAUCCAGAUCAAUUUGACAAUGUAGUGGACUUUAUUCAAGCCACUAUAAAAAGACUGAGAAGGUCACCAGAUAAACAAACUCCAAUUUUUUCUAAGCGGGAGAGAAGUCGGCAAAAUGCAGCUGUUAAUACAGAGAAUUCCAGUAGAAAGGGACGGCGAGGUCAAAAGGGCAAAAAUCGAGGUUGUGUCUUAGCAGAAAUACAUUUAAAUGUGACUGACUUGGAUUUGGGAUAUGAAACCAAAGAAGAGCUGAUUUUCCGGUACUGCAGUGGAUCUUGUGAUGCAGCCGAGACCACAUAUGACAAAAUUUUAAAAAAUUUAACCAGAAAGAAAAAGCUGGUCAAUGAUAAAGUGAGGCAAGCUUGCUGCAGACCCACUGCCUAUGAUGAUGACCUUUCAUUUUUGGACGAUAAGUUGGUUUACCAUAUAUUGAAAAAACAUUCCGCUAAAAGAUGUGGAUGUGUCUGAUUUUUUUUGAGAUUAUUACAAUAUUGCAUUCCUACUACAAUGCAAAGAACAGGACCAAGGUUCCCAAGGAAUCGUCUGUUCAGAACUGAGAAAGAGGACCAAGGAUGCAGGAAAACAGAUGUCAUGGGAGCCUGGUAGGACAAGAUCCAGCACAGAGAACUGGACAGGACAGAAAAGUUGGAACUUUUAAUUUCUACAGGAAAGCAAAUAAAAGGCAUCAAAGCUCAGGGGUGGAGUUUCAGAAUGGAUGGGUGGAGGUUGCUAUCACUAUUUCAUUUGACAUGGUACACUAUCAAUGAGAGUUGAAUCA